CUUCCUCCUCCUCCUCCUCCUCUCCCGCUCCACACAACCAGGAAAUCGUCGAGGUGUGCUUCUCUAUCCCGCUGCUGCCUCUACCCCGUCUGCGGGUGUAGAUGCACCGUCAUUCGCUUGCUUUUGUCUGGUGUGUGUUUUUUUUCCCAAACUCCACCAGUGUGACUUUCUUUGCCGGGCCUCAGUUCGGAAGUCGGACAAACUUGUCUACGCGGAGAGAGACUCCACUCUGGCCGAACAAUGAGUGAAUCAAGUAUUUGCCAGGCUCGGGCCACGGUGAUGAUAUAUGACGACGGCAGUAAGAAGUGGAUGCCUGCGGGCGCUGGACCCCAGACCUUCAGCAGAGUCCAGAUCUACCACAACCCCACCACUAACGCCUUCAGGAUAGUGGGACGCAAGAUGCAAUCUGACCAGCAGGUGGUUAUCAACUGUCCCAUCAUCAGAGGACUCAAAUACAACCAGGCCACACCCAACUUCCACCAGUGGCGAGAUGCCCGACAGGUUUGGGGGCUCAACUUUGGCAGUAAGGAGGAUGCUACUCUGUUUGCCAACGGCAUGGCUCACGCUCUGGACGUGAUCAGCUCCAUGGCAGAUGCUGGCUAUGCCACACUUCCCCGUCCGGUGUCAAAUGGUCCGUCUCCAGAAGAGCUUGAACAACAGCGGAGGUUGGAGCAGCAGAAGUUGGAACAGCAGGAACGGGAGCGGCAGGAGAGAGAAAGACAGGAGCGGGAGCAACAGGAAAGAGAGAGACUGGAAAGAGAAAGACAAGCAGCUGCAGUCCCUAUUCCUCCAGCUCCACCUUUGGCCUCCGGAGGUGUUGUUCCACCACCGCCCCCUCCUCCACCUCCUGGCCCGCCUCCAGCCUGUAGUAUCCCUCCACCUCCUGGCCCACCUCCUGGGGGACCGCCGCCUGCUCCGCCCUUGCCCACUUCAGGAGGAGGAGGAGGAGGAGGUGGUGGUGGCCUCGGUGGUGAUGGUGGAUUGGCUGCUGCUCUAGCAGGAGCCAAACUUCGCAAAGUGUCCAAGCAGGAGGAUUCAGGCUCUGGCAUAAACAGAGCCGACUCCUCACGCAGCAGUAACGCCUCCAUUGGAGGAGGAGGAGGAGGAGGGGGAGGAGGUGGUCUAAUGGGUGAGAUGAGUGCCAUCCUGGCCAGAAGGAGAAAAGCUGCAGACACAGGGGAGAAGCCGUCUGUGAAGACACAAGAUAAUGAUGAUUCAGAGUCUCAAGGUCAAAGUGACACUCUGAGACGACCUUGGGAGAAGGCAUCCAUGGUCAGGAAUAACUCCAUCACCAAGAACUUGGACUCCACUUCCUCAUUGUCCCAAGGUUUCAGAUCGAAAGCUGCGAACAACAGUAACGAUGCAGGUGGAUCGGACGACUCUGAUUUAGAGAAAAUGAAACAGGAGAUCCUCGAGGAGGUGCGAAAAGAACUUCAGAAAGUGAAAGAAGAGAUUAUUGGAGCCUUUAUUCAGGAGCUACAAAAGAGAGGCACAUAGUCCUGCUGGAUGUUAAGAAUCAUGGAGGGCUGUUGGGGCCGUCUACUCCACUGCACCCCCGCCCCCUUCAUCCCCCCCACGCAGCCCAGGGAUUCCUUAUUUCCCACUAUCUCACUUUCUUCUCUCUCUCUCUCUCUCUCUCUCUCUCUCUCUCUCAUGUGAGCAGACUUGCUGAUGUGUACAACAUGCAUAUUCACUACAUGUAAACAUUAAUCCAGGGAACUUCUUCACAUCACCAUGCAGCACUUUUGAUGAUCACUCACAUAUUUGCAGCAGUGACCCCAUCCAUCCAUCUCAUGGCUCUGUCCUCCUUCAGUUCCCGUUCCCUUUCGUUUCCUCUUCGUGUGCUCUACUCAAUGCAAUUAUCCAGAGCACAGCGCUACGGCCAAGUUUAUGUUCAGGUUGCCAUCCACACUAAGCAUAGCCCUCGUUUCUGCAGAAUGCUGCAUCUGCCCCCCCCACCCUUAUCUUUUCCCCCUUUGCUAUCAGACUUACCAUUUACUGGUAGAAUAGUCGUCAGUAUUCAGGGAAAACUCAUUAUCACAUUUUUUUUUUACUGUAAUGGCAAGAUGACCAAAUAAUGUUCCUAGCUCAGAAUCGUAGCUCAGAUGUUCGCGAACAAGCACUACAUUGCCUGUAAUCACAGUUAAGAUUUUGUAGUAGAACACAAGCGAUGGAGGAUGGAUCAGAGGCACCACCUCUCUGACUCGUACUGUGACUCUCUCCAUUGAGUGGACUCCAAAAGAUCCAGCGCUGACUCAGAACUAAACGAAUCAGCACAACGCGAGUCUUCACUGCUGUAUGACCGGUAAAUCUAAAGGAAGAUGAGACUCACGGGGGAAAUACCACGGACAACCUGGAGUGCUGUGAACGUGCUGCGUGUACUUAAAUGAUGAUGUGUGAGAAAUGUAUUCUGUUUGCAUUGCACUUGUUCCAGAGGAAGUUGUCUGUUUUGCCACACUCCUUCGACAGACGACUCCCUCUAACUUAAAAUGAGACGUUAUUUGCUGGUCAGUGUGGUGUCGCUGCACUGUGCUUUCACUCAUCAUUUACUUCCAUUCUAGCUAUUUCUAACGUUGAACUAGAAGAAAUGGCCAUGAUGAGGUCAAAUAAACUGGCCAUUGACCAACUGCCUUGAAAAUAAAUAUAUAUAGAUUGAAAUAUAUAUAUAUAAGGAAAAUGAUAUAUUUGUUUUGAGGGAUAAUGUUAGCAACAAUGAGAUGGUGUUUCUAUUUUAAUUGAAGUGACUGGUGAAUGGGGUUUUUGUUCCUUUUUCAAUUAUUGUUUUCUUAUGAAAUGUUAUUUUGGGUUUACUGUUUCUUUUUUUUCAAAUAGAGAUUAGGCUUUUUACACUGAAAUAUAAAGAAAACAGCUUAGAGACACUGGAUUAGGAAUGCCUUUAUAGUCAAUUACAGCUGCUUCUGGAAAAUGCA